GAGCGUCAGAGCGAAGAAAAGCCACCCUGCCGCGCCCAGCCCACCGACGUCCACGUAGCAGCAGCAGCGGCAGACGCGGGCGAGCGCAGGCGCACGGCGCGCCGGCGUGUUGUCUGUCUGAACGAAGCCCCCGCAGACCCGUAGUAGGGAGCGCGAGCAGAGCUGGCGGGCGGGGGCAAGCCGGCGUGUCGUCGCAAGAUGGCGUCGUCCAGCCCCGACCACCGCACCCGUCGCCGAAGAGCACCGGCCGCGAGCCACAGGUGUUGGCCAGACGGUCCCCGGGCGUGGCGACGUGCAGCUGCCUCCUGUGGGGAAGAAGGGGGGCCCCGGUGCGUGACAUUGAAGCCGCCGCAGCUCAACGGACGUCCCCGCCACGGAGGGGAGAGGGGGGACGGCGUCCUCAAGCGAGGGGGCGCACGACCGCCGCCGCCGGGGUCGGCCCUAGCGGGCGCCGCGAGAACUAGACCUCUCCUCCAGCAGAACCCAACAUGGCGCACACGUCGUCCGCAAGCAAGACGGCGCGUCUGAGCCUGCGAAGCAAUGGACACCAAGUCGACUCGGACGCCAUGGACGACCGGUCCUCGUCACCGGACCAGGAAUCGUAUUCCCGCUCGAGAUACGAGAAGCCCACCAGGAGUUCGAGGAAGUUGGACACUGACGGCAAUGGCGAGGAGACGGACAAGAGGAAGCGGCCUAUGCGCUUCUCCGGGCAGCACGACAUCCGGCUGUUGGAGGAAGUCGUGAGCCUGAACCCGUUCAAGGACACGCCACCCACCACCACGUGGGCGUUAAUCUCCAAGAACCUCGGUCACCUGUUCUCGAUCAGCUCGAGGCGAUGCCGGGAACGCACUAUCCUGCUCUUGGACCAGUUCAUCAAGGGCGACUACCCGAGCCUCCAGCGGUUCUGUACCACAGAGGAGUUUGCCGUCAAGGAGCAGCUGCUUCAGCAGGCGCCGCUCAAAACAACGCCGUUCGCCCUCAUUUUUGCCAUGGUAAUUUUAUUUUCGCUAAUACAAGAAAGCGUCGAACACGAGAUGAACGGCACGUCGACGAAGGAACAGACGUCUUCCACGUCAGCGCCUCCGAGCAAACGGUCGCGGCACGCCGGCGGCCCGUCGCCCUUCUCUGGCAACGGCGGAGGGGUCCUCACCGACGACGACGCAGGCCUCGAGGAGCUAGCCGUGUCCGCUGCCUUGGGCGACGCCGCGAAGGGCGCAGACUUCCCGAGCCAGGUGGUCUCGUACCUGGUGACACGUCAGGCCAAGGAGAUGCGCGUGCGCGAGAAGGAGCUCAAGCUGCGCCGCGAGGAGCUCGAACUGGAGCGCGCCAAGCUCAAACUCCAGGAGGACCGGCUGGCCCUCGAGAAAGCACGCUUUGAAAUCGAGCGCCAGGAGCGCGAGCUGCGGCUCCGCUCCGAGAAGCAGGAGCGGACGCUCUUCAUGGAGGUGCUCAAGAGGGUGGUCAGCUCGGGUCUCGCGGACUCCUAGCGCGCCUUUCACUUGCUCCUGUGCAGAGAAGCCUGUCUAUGUGAACUUAUGCUCUCUGACUUCUUCCUGCUAGGGUACGUGUGUGCGCCUUUGAAACACAGCACCGCCACAUGCGUUGGUCGCGUUUUACUCUGUCCUUUUUUCUUGAAGAACUGUAGUUUUACUCUGUCAGUUCGCGUUGCGGCAAUGGGAACAAGCACACGACGUGCGCUUCAUGCGCGUAGCGUGAAUAACAUGCCGCUCAAGUGUUCAGAGAAGUGAUAAAAAGCGUCAAGUGACUGUUGGCGCCAAGUGACAAUAAUCUGUCAUUGGCAUUUGGUACCUGAGUUAUUUCAGGGAGGACCCUGAAGUAAAUGCAUCAGAGUGUGCAGGCUGCGUGUAAUAGAGAUGCGCUUAUUUCUGCGGUAUCAAAGCCACCUCGCAUGCAACUUGCCACCUGGCUGCGGUUGGCGGGAUGAAGUUUAUAAGAAAUUGAGCAAGAGAGCUUCACCAUUUGAUCUUGGCAGAUUUUGUAGCGCUUACAAAACGCACGGUCCACAGCACAGCCUGAACUAUGGACCUUUCGGGAUACACUUUUGGAAAAAUCUGCACAGGCGAGAUUAACUUGUCUGAAUGCCAAGCUGCCCAAUUUGAUUACCCAGUGUUGUUCGCAUUAGGGGUGAUACAAGUCAUUGCUUCUGUUCGGUUCCUCAUGAGAAGUGUGACAGACACUGGAACCUGUGCACCUCUGCUCCUCUUUGACAUCUUAUGUGCAACAUACAGGCAGCACAUUAAGGCAAAAUGUUGGCCUCACUGGUGUUUCAUCAUUAUACGUAUAGCCACAGCACAGGAACUCAAGAUAGACAGGAGCAGAUUCUCUGUGUUUAUGCCCUUGUUUACACUCCUGUGUUGUAUAUUUAAUCAUGAGGAAAUCGCCCCAGCUUGCUGUCAGGCACUGGCUUUUUCUUUUUUUUUUUUCUUUGAACGAACCGCACCCAGUACAUUAUUGUGUUCAUUGUCUCCCUGUUGUAUUUAUUUCAGGGCCCUUUUUGUGAAAGAGCCAUGUUUAUAUGUGUACAAAUGUGAUGUGUAUUUGUGAGUGUGGUGUUCAUGCAAUGAUGAGAUCACUCGUGUUCUGUAUAGUUGAGGAGCAUUCUGAUGGUUCAACAAGUGCUCAUAGUUGCGUCCACUACCAACACUGGCUAGUCCUGUUUUCUAGCACCAGCAGAUGCAGGUGCAGCUGAAAAAAUAAAAUGAAAGUAGGUGGAUUGCUUAUGGUGCUUUCAUAUUUUCACAUCGCAGCAUCAGAAACAAUAACAUAGUUUCGGGACAUUUUUUCAACUAUGCUUACAAUUGUGGGCACAUAAUCGAGAAGAAUGCACCCCAUUUUUCAUCUUUGUUUCACCUUUAGUGGCAGGUGCUUGUAAUAACUUUCAAAUUCUCCGGAACUUAGUACAGUCACUUUAAAACAAACUUGAAGGGACCAUAAAAUAUAUUCCUAUCAAAAGUCAGUAAUAACAAUCGUGUUUUACAAAAUCUGAGACAUCUUAUUUCUUGUGCACCCAAAUAUCCACAGCACAAUAUAGAUCAAACAGCAUUAAAACAAAAAGGCAGGUUGUAAGGAGAGACAUCUACGGAUUUGCGUGGUACAAAGUAUUGCUUCAUGCAGUCUCAACAGUUGAGUAAGUCCUGCUUGUUAGCACUGUGCUGCGUACUGUCACUAAGUCUGAAAUUUCACCUAGCUAACUCAAAAAGGCGUCGGUGCCAUCGUAGUGUUGAAAGAAUGCAGCAAAGUAUUUUGAGGCAUGGUAGCUGCACUAAGUCGGUACACUAGCGGUCCUGGUUACCCCUGGGCAGCAUUUCAGCUAUAAUAAUCAGCCUGCUGAGAGAAUUAGAGGACUUGAUCAACUGUUUUUCCUCUGGGGUGAAGCAACGCUGCCAUGAUAUUGAAACUGUAUGGAAUAGCUUUCUAUGUUGAAAGAAACAAUUCCUACUCUUGUAUUAAUAGAACAGCCUCAAAAUCUGUGGGUCUGGGCCUCUUGCAGAGCCAAAUAGCAUGGGCCAGUUGCAGCUGUAGAAGUUUGGUUUUAGUGAAUUAGGGGUUAAAAUUGAAGGAAGUUAUUUUAAAUUGGGCUUAUAUGAAAUUACCAAAUGUGGGUUUUUCCCAGCUUCUAAAAAUUUGCAUUAACAGUGUUGAUUUUAUGGGAGUGUACUGUACAGAUACAUAUAAUGGAACAAUGUCAUCUGCUACAUACGUUGUUGCAUAAAGAAGUUGAAAACUGCCUCUGAUCAUAAAUUUGCAUGGACAUUUGUACAUAUUUCUCUGCUAUGCUUAGCCAUAGGGUCAAUGUUGCAUUGACACUGGUUGUCUCCCGAACCAUAAAAUUUUUUUGUAGGUUGGGCAAUAUUUUCUCAAAGAAUAACCAACGCUUUCAAUGGUGAAUAUGUUCAUUGCAUAAGAAAACUGCAGCAUUAGUGUAAUAUUUAUUGCGAGCAUGUCUAAUGAAAAGCAACGUUUACACAUGCAUAUCGCUCCAGUUCCAAGACUUUCUAGGGUCCACUGGCUCGCUCAAGUGCAAGCAUGCAUUGGUGUGACAUACAAUGCAAGCAAGUAGGGUAUGUAGCAUCUAAUACCUCAUUCUGAGGGUAGAGAUAACUUGCUCUGGGACUGAUGACACAUAUCUUGUAAAUAAGCACUGGACCUUGAAUAUACAUUCUUUGAUUAUUUGCAUGCAUCACCUUUUCACAGUGAGGGCGUAAUCUCUGCCAGAUGUGUGAAAAUAUCGACAUAGCACACUUCAAAUGUCAUUUUCAUGGUGUUUGGAGCAUAAGUCACGGACGCAACCGUGUUUUCAUUCAAUUUCGCAAGAGGGAAUGACAAUUGAAUCUUGAGUAAGACAAAAUUUGGACUUUUCAUGUCAAGCAGAUGGUGAACAAGAUUAAGAUUGCCUCUUUAAAAAGUGGCGUAACAGAGAGCAGUGUGCACAUCACAUUAAACCUGAGCAAGAAUAUGACCAUCGUCAAAUGGUGUAGCAUAAAAGUAUUGCAUGGGAUGUAUCGUAUGUAUGGAACCAAGUUUGCUGACGUUCCUUUGAUCAUUUCAAAGAAGUGCGGCUACAGAUGUGCGAGACAAAAGGUACAAAGAAGUCAUAUCACAGCUACGAUUUACUGAAAUAUUGAUUUUCCAGUUGAACCAGUAAGUUGCAAUGUUUGUUACUAAACAUAAAUCUGGUAUCCAGGCAUUGCCAAUAGAAUCGAAUAUUGUUGAUAAGCAGAUCUUCAAUGACGUUUUAAUGGGAAGUAGGCCCGCUGAGAAGUGUAAUUUUUGCAUGAUGAGCACUGCUGUGAUGCAGAAGUGCCCCACAUGACGGGUUGAUCCAAGGGGGGGGGGGGGGGGUUCCGGGUGGCUGACCUGAUCCCCUUAAUUUUUACCCCUCUCCCCCUGCUCCCUCGGAAGCAUCCUGUAUCCACCCCUGCCUCACAUCUCAACCCUUUGCACAUUAGUGGGCUAACAGCUGGUUGAUUCUAUUCUGACAUGGAAAGGGGACACCAGUGGCAUUGCCAUGCAACAGAAUACUUAAAAGAAAAACUGUGAGCAUUCAUUGACGUAUGCAAUUGCUUGCCAGAUAGUCGCUUGCCACAUAGCGUACGUAGAGUACAUCAUAUUUCAUAAGGAGCCCCACUUGUAUGUUAGCACCAGUGUCGUCCCUUUCUUCCGUGUCAUUUUUUUUUUUUUUUUUUUUUGCUGUUUAGUCAUAGCCCUCGUAUCGUUCUUUUAGCAUAUUUGGCAACUGGAGUCGCGCUUAGCUCCUGAAUGAAUGACCAAUGCGUGUUCCUACUGUCACAUGUUUACCGUCACUUGCAUUCUUAGCAUCACAAGUAUCAGGAGUGUACAUGCAGAACGACAAAUUGUUAAGCCGGCGCUUAAGGGUGUUAGAAAUGUAUGAUCAGGCUUUCUAUGUUGUCAGUGACCAAGUUCUACCUGGGAUGUUGCGCUACCAUCAGUGCAAUGGCAAUAUGCCUGUCGCAGAAGGUAUAAAGUCAUGAAGUCAUUGUCGCCAGAACAUGUUGACUGAUUGGCUCAUUUGACGAUAAUAUAAACUUUGGGGCACUCAUUGCCCGCUCUUCUGCAACAUUGUCAUUUUCUAAUGGAUAUACGAAAAUUACGCGUAGGAUUGAGCAAAUAAAAAAAAUUAUCCUCCCAUGAUGACAAGCACCUAACAUUGGCGCGCUUGGAUAGAUUAGCAGUCUAGUGUAUGACUGAUCUUCACUUUGUAUAUUCCAUUGUUUGUUCGUAUAUUCAGUUGAUUGUUAUAUUUCUCUGAACACUUACGUGCACAUCGCAUUGCAAUGUGAUGUCGCAUCCUUUAUACUGCCGUAAAAUGACACAAUUGUGUGUGUUAACGUGGAAUUUUUGUUGCUAGGGGACUGAAGAAGCCACGUCUAAUUUUCGUUCGCGAUGAUAUACUUUUUUCGUAAAUGGCAUGAGGCAUUGCACGUGCUCAUUCGAAAUCAGACGUUGAGGCAGUGAACUAUUACGUGAAAUGGUUUUUCACCGACAAUCCUCACAUGCCAUUUAAUAUACAGAACUCCGGGUUUCGUUCUUUUCCUGGCACUUUCAUUGUUUCGACGUGGCGAGGCGCCAUUCUUGACGCUGGUCAAAAGCGUCGCGCAGCGUACGAAUUCUUAACACGAGUUGUGUUGUUGAGUACUGUCACACUUUUUCUUUUCGCACCCUCCUCCGUUGGCUCAACUGUGGCGCAGCGCGCAUUUCUUUGUCCUAUAAGGCACGUUUACAUUAAUGUGCAUCGUAGUUCUCAGCACAUCACCCUAAAACCAUGUGAUAGCGUUUGCACAUGGCGCGCCCCAGUUAGCCCGAAACAAGCCGCAACCAGCUUGCGGCGAGACAGUCGCGGUCGCGAGUGGAGAACACACUUGCACUCAUCCCUUGCUGUACGCUAGCGUUUAGAUGUUGAACUUAAUGAAUACAUCACUCAAACAUGCACUGCAGAUUUUCUGUAGUUCUGUGCAGUAUGUAGUAUGUGUUCGCUAGUAUUAUGGAUCCAUUAAGUCAGUAUCAGUUAGU